CGUUGCGCUCGGUUUGCGAUGGGGGAGGAUAGCCUACAUGAUGUCAAAGGAAUGUGUCCCUCCCUCGGCCGGUGCUUCUCACUGGUCGGUUAAAGAAAGACUCAAGAGCUUUUUAUGGAGACGGCUGUCCAUUGCUAAAGCAGCAUCGAAGUAAACCCUUGUGAAUUGUACAUUCAAAGGGUUAAUUUAAUGUGAUUUUGCGGAUCAGUUUGUCUAAGAGGGAAGAUGGUGCAGGUGAAGAGGAUAUGCUGUAUUGGGGCGGGGUAUGUGGGCGGCCCCACCUGCAGUGUCAUCGCCCAGAUGUGUCCUGAUGUGACUGUCACCGUUGUGGACGUGAACGAGGACCGAAUCCGGGCCUGGAACUCCGAAUGCCUGCCCAUCUUUGAGCCAGGGCUGCAGGAAGUGGUGGAGUCCUGUCGCGGGGUCAACCUGUUCUUCUCCACAGACAUCGACACUGCCGUCAAGGACGCAGACCUGGUCUUCAUUUCGGUGAACACACCCACGAAGACGUUCGGGAUCGGCAAGGGCCGGGCAGCGGAUCUGAAGUACAUCGAGGCGUGCGCACGGCGAAUCGCAGACGUCUCCAGCGGCUGCAAGAUCGUGGUGGAGAAGAGCACGGUGCCCGUCCGCGCCGCCGAGAGCAUCAGACGCAUCUUCAACGCCAACACCAAGAGCAGCCUCAACUUCCAGGUGCUCUCGAACCCGGAGUUCCUGGCGGAGGGCACGGCCAUCGCGGACCUGAAGAGUCCGGACAGGGUGCUGAUCGGGGGGGACGAGACGCCAGAGGGCCAGCGGGCCAUCGAGGCGCUCCGGGCUGUCUACGAGCGCUGGGUCCCCCGAAACAAGAUCAUCACCACCAACACCUGGUCCUCAGAGCUCUCCAAACUGGCAGCCAAUGCCUUCCUGGCGCAGCGCAUCAGCAGCAUCAACUCCAUCAGCGCCCUGUGUGAGGUCACAGGGGCGGACGUGGAGGAGGUGGCCCACGCUAUCGGCACUGACCAGCGAAUCGGCAGCCGCUUCCUCAAGGCCAGCGUGGGAUUCGGGGGCAGCUGUUUCCAGAAGGAUGUGCUGAACCUGGUGUACCUGUGCGAGGCCCUGAACUUACCUGAGGUGGCUCGAUACUGGCAACAGGUGAUCGAGAUUAACGAUUACCAGCGCCGACGCUUCUCCUCACGGAUCAUCGGCUGCCUCUUCAACACGGUGACGGACAAGAAGAUCGCCCUGCUGGGGUUCGCCUUCAAGAAGAACACGGGAGAUACCAGGGAGUCCUCCAGUAUCUACAUCAGCCGGUACCUGAUGGACGAGGGCGCCCGGCUGCACAUCUACGACCCCAAGGUGAAGAGGGAGCAGAUGAUCCAGGACCUGUCCCAGCCCACGCUGACCAACGCUGAGGACCCCUCCAGAGUGUCACGUCUCGUCACCGUGACUACAGACCCCUACGAUGCCUGUGAGGACGCCCACGCCAUCGUCAUCUGCACCGAGUGGGACAUGUUCAAGGAGCUGGACUACGAGCGCAUCUACAAGGCCAUGCUGAAGCCCGCCUUCAUCUUCGACGGGAGGAGGAUUCUGGACGACCUGCACGACCAGCUGCAGCACAUUGGCUUCCAGGUCGAAACCAUCGGCAAGAGAGUGAGUCAGAGAAGUGCCUUCGCAGCAACCAACGACGUCUCCAAACCUGACCACCUGCCCCCAGCCAAGAAGACCAAAGUGUGAGCCUUUCUCUUCAGGAAGGUUUCUGUCACUGUGAUGGACACAGGCUUUUACAAACAAUCAUUUUAUAUUCAAUGUUAUUUAAGACAGAUGAUUUUUAACAUUGACCUUUUCUAGCAGUCUUCACCUUG